AUGCACACGACCCAGAAGGACACGACGUACACCAAGAUCUUCGUGGGAGGGCUGCCCUACCACACCACCGACGCCAGCCUGCGCAAGUACUUCGAGGUCUUUGGAGACAUCGAGGAGGCGGUGGUCAUCACCGACCGGCAGACCGGCAAGUCCCGGGGCUACGGAUUUGUCACCAUGGCUGACCGAGCUGCUGCUGAAAGGGCCUGCAAGGAUCCCAACCCCAUCAUUGAUGGUAGGAAGGCCAACGUGAAUCUGGCAUACUUGGGAGCAAAACCAAGAAUCAUGCAGCCAGGUUUUGCCUUUGGUGUUCAACAGCUUCACCCAGCCCUUAUACAAAGACCUUUCGGGAUCCCUGCCCACUACGUCUACCCGCAGGCUUUUGUGCAGCCUGGAGUGGUUAUUCCCCACGUCCAGCCCACAGCAGCUGCGGCUUCCACCACGCCAUACAUUGAUUACACUGGAGCUGCCUACGCACAAUACUCAGCCGCGGCCGCAGCCGCUGCAGCAGCUGCAGCCUAUGACCAGUAUCCCUAUGCAGCAUCCCCAGCGGCCGCAGGCUACGUGACCACUGGGGGCUACAGCUAUGCUGUCCAGCAGCCAAUCACCGCCGCUGCACCUGGGACAGCUGCGGCUGCGGCUGCAGCAGCUGCAGCCGCAGCAGCCUUUGGCCAGUAUCAGCCUCAACAGCUGCAGACAGACAGAAUGCAGUAG